AAACAAAACGAUGACAUGAACUGUAAUCACAACAAACACCCCCGUUCGGGAGGAUAACAUUGCUCGGUUGAUAAGUAGAAGGACUUGUGUUUGAGACUUUCAAGACCUGAAGAACCUUAGUUGUGGAUAAUCCUGUAUAAAAUCACAAAGAAGGCUUUCAAAGUAACAGCAUUAUUGUAAUCACCGAAACUUAAAGCCACUUCUAGGGCUACUUCUGAUUGUCCUAGGAUACGAUACUCUAAGUCUUCAAGGAAGUCCCCUCCGUAUCAGAUGAAAUCUAUAGACAAGUGGCUCGUUGACUAUGAAAGGAUUGAACAGGAAGUACGUGAAGUAAGAGAAACACUUGUUAAAAGAUGGCAGACUAAUGUUGGAACCGCAGAGCAUGCUCUACUUACUAAUCGUCUCAGAAACAGCAUCCCACAGGCAGAGAAAGCUGUUGGUAACCUGUUAGCCAGAAUAGAUGACUGGGAGUUGCGUAAUUUGACAGAACGAGAAAAGGAAAGACGAAUACGCCUUUGUGAAACGCUGCAAAGCUCUAUUAAGAGAGUAGCAAUGGAUUUUAAUGAUGGGCGAAGUUCUGGGGCUACAGCACACACUUCUGACUGCGGUUGGGGUGUCGAAGAGGAAAGUGUAAAUACAGAGGGUUUAACAGUGGAACAAAUAAGGGAGAGAAAUCGCCUUGUUGAACAGCAGCAAGAAGCAGGAUUAGAUGUUCUGUCCCAAGUUAUAUCAAGGCAGAAACGAAUAGCAUCUGCAAUAGGCACUGAAGUUGAUGACCAAAAUGAUUUACUUGAUGAAAUUUCUGAGAGAACUACAAAUACCCAAAAUCGGCUAAUAGAUGAAACUGAUCACAUUGGCAUUGUGCAAAAGAAAAUAAGAACAUGGCCUUAUUGGUUGGUGAUCAUUCUUCUCUUCAUUGCUAUUGUUAUUGUUGCAGUUUGGUAAGGUAAACAUUCCAUAUAAAAAACUAUUUAUGAAGGUCAUAUGCCCUGUACUGAAUACAGUUAUUUUUUUAAGUGACAUGGAAUUUUUUGGUUUGUAGGUUUACUUAUGUUUUAUAAUUUGAAUUUGCAGUUGGAUGAGUUGCUGCAUACCUCUUCACUUCAUUGAUAAUGCCAAACCAUUUACCGAUUCAGAGGUAAAUGUUUUAUGUUACCAAUUAAGUGUUUAUAGGUUCUCUUAUUACUGAUGUUGGCACAUGAUAGUACUCUGAUUAGAUUAUUUUUUGGUGUUAUUUUCCACCUUAGUAUGUAAUGAUGAGAAUGAGGGAGCUCUGUUGAUAGGGUCAUCUAGUCUUUACAAGCAUUUCUAAUUUUCAUUUGUAUUCAUACUGAUUAAUGUUAAAUUCUAGAUGGUAAAGAUAUUUUGCACAUUUAACCCAGGCUUUGGGUUUCUGGUGGAAAUGGUAUAUUGGUUAGGGUUAAAGGCUAUUAAGCUUUUGUCUUUUCAGUAUAGACUCCUUGAUUCAGUAUCACCUGCAAUGUUGUUGUGGUUGGCACCCAUGACUUGUUAUUACAACACCAGAUUUUACAAACAAAUCUAUCAUGUGAUCAGUCUGUUCAUCUGUUACAAAAACUUGCCAAGAGAAAAUUAUUGGAGACAUGUAAGACAAGGUAUGAAAAAUUGGUAUAAAGUUAGCUUUCACCUUUUGGAAGGCUUUCAGUGAAUGGAUUUUAUUUCAAUCUGCAAUGCACUUUCACACUUUCAAAUUACUUUUCUGUAACAAAAACAUAAUAAAAAUAUUGAAAAGAAGUGGCCACUACAAAGCCAUGGAAUAAAUUUCUAAGCUGAUUACAUGAAUCAGUUCUUUUUUUUUGACAAAAUAAUCUUACAAAGAAACAAAGGCUCUUAACAUUUUUUUGGCAAACUAAAAACUACCCAACUGCCAGAGUGCAUACUGGUAGCUAAUAUAUAGUGGGCUCUUAAGAUGAUACUUUUAUUUUAUAGCUUUUUGUUGUAAAUGAUUACCAUCAUUUACAAUUGAUAUGGUUUGUAUAGUCUCAGUGAGAAGGGACUAUCUUUAUUUGGAUUUUAUUGUGAAUGCUAUUUAAACUUCAAAAUUUUUAUACAAUUUAUAUUUAGAUAAUUGUAUUCUGAUACAAUAUAUAUUUAAGUAAAUGUCAAAACACCAUACAAACAAAACAAACAAAAAACAGAAUUAAAGCCUGUGAAAAGACAAAGGAAAGCUAAUGCAAAUUAUACACAUAAUUUGCAGUAACAUGCAAAAAGUAGCAUUACAAUGAUGAAUUAAAAAUUUAUUACAAAAAGGCACAAGGACUUGGUCAUACACCAUUUUGUGGUUUAGAUACAGUAGAGUUAUUGCUAUUUUGCAGUUAUUGGUUGUAAUCAGUACUUUUUAUCAUUUGAAACAGGAUUUUGCUUUUGGUGUGCAAGGUUCUUUCAUUGAUUUGAGUUUAGAAUUGGCAAUUGAUAGGAACUUUUUAUCAUAAAUUUAAUCUGAAAUAUCAUAGUAGAUUAGAUUAGAUUAUAAAAUUUUUGGCACAUAGCCAAGCGCCGGAGCCGAGGGGCCAUUCAGCGCAUGAAAUAUCAAUAGUAUAUGGUACCCUGUUUUUCCUCAUUUCCUUGAAAAAUUAUGAGUUGCAAGAAAUUCCAAGUGGAAAAUUACAGAUUUGUUGCAAACUGAAAUAUUCAUAAUUUUUUUACCUAGUAAGUUUGUGGUAUUCUUCACAUAGCUUGCUCUUAAUUGGGACCUUGGUUAGAAUAUAAAUGAAUGUUUUACUUUCUUGUUUUGACAGUAGUAUAUAAUUUGUUUUUGUCCACACCACAAGAGUAACUGGAUGCUCUGUUUUGGUAAAAGUUUUCCUUAAAGUUCUUGGAAUUCUAUCUCCCUGAGGUCUUGUUUGUUGACUUUGUGCCUUGUACUUGUGGUGGAAGACUAGAUGACCAUGUAUAGGAUCUUUCAUUCUGCAACACAUAACAUAGAGAUAUCAUGAAUCUCUUGGGAUUCUCAGAUGCUACUCGCCCCAUUAGUGAUAAAGGCAUUUUUAAAAAUAUAAUUUUAUUAAAUUUUAAAAACAGUAUUGAUUUUUCAGAUUUAAGUAAAAGUAAUUGUGAUUCCAUUUCACUUAAUGAUUUCUUCUAUGAAGCAAGUUACAUUAAAUCAUUUAUAUAUUAUAGCAAGUUAUAUUAGAUUGUGUAAAUAUUUUCUUUGUACUUUUAAUUUUAUCAGAAAUAUUCUGGACUACAUAUUAAACACAAAUGACAGGAUGUAGAUUUUAAAAGUUAUUGCUAGUCAUAUUGAAUCUAAUCCAUGAUGCUAUAAUUAUUUUUGUGCUUCCAGGUAUGAUCAAGCUCUUUUGUAAUGGUCAAAUGUUGUGUUGGGUUUCCCAUGUUUUUUUUUAUAGUAUUAUGAUAGAUUUUGCAUAUAAAAGCUACUAGUAUACUAAUUUUUUGUUAUACAUUUAAUAUUUAGUGAACUGAAUGUAUCUUUUGAAUGGAAGAAUUGAAGUGAAAAUUUAUGUACGUACUGUAUUUGUAAUCAGUAGAUAUUUCAGUUUCACUAUAGUAUAUUAAAAGCCAUCAUAGCAUUUGUCAAUGUUUAUAGUAACUAUGUAGCAGAUAUUAAAAUAACUUAUUUGGUCUUGCUGUGUACCCAUCCUGCUGGACAGGACAUUUUUAUUAGCACUGAAGUAAAAAGAAUCCAUUAACAUCAACCGAGUAGCUUAUUUGAUAGUACCGUAGUAUACUAUUAACUUUAUUUUCUAUCCAGUUUCAUUCAAAGUUGAUAAUAUACAAAUAUUUGUUGAAUUACAACCACUAAAGAUGUUGAUGUGAGUUAUUAACAUAAUGGGAAAUAUUUGAUAAUUAAUCAGUCUUUUUAAUAGUAACUUGUAAAUUCUCUUUAAGAUGUGCCUUUAUUCCAGACCACUAUGACCUCUUUGCAUUACUAAGAGUUGGAAUGUAGAAUGAAAGAGGAGCACAUGGCUUGUUAAUAUAUUGCAUUUCCUAUGCUUUGAUAAAAUUAACAUAUAGCUAGAUGAGGAAUCUCUGUCUAGAUGUGUAGGAAUAAACUUCAAGUGGAGGAGAAUUUUAAAUAAAAGCUUCACCAAAAUCUCUAGUUUUUAGCACUGUACUAAAAAUAUGAAGUUUAAUUGUGUAACAUAUACAGUAUUUCUUUUUUAAAAACCCAUUUAUCAUAAAUAAGUCUUGCUCAUGUGAAACUGACCCAGUCACACCAUCUGAUAGAUUUUGAAAGAAGUUAAGUCCCGUAGACCAUGUGUGAAUAAGAUUACAGUUAUGUUGUCAUGCUAACCUUUUUACCCUGUUUGUCCUGUGCUAUACAUACCUUCUCAUCCGCACACAUUCAUUUAUUAUUUUUCACUUUGAGGUGUUAUGCUAAGAUUUUAGUUAAAUUUUUGCUACAUUAACACCUUAAACUUUUUGAAUGGUGACACAGUUGUUUCCGUGUUAUUAUGAGUACAAUCUAUGUCAGUUUUCAGUCAUGUAUUACUUUUUGUAAUUUCCUUUUUGCCAAUUUGAAAAUUGGCUGGGUAGGAUCAAUUUUUCUUGCCCAGUCCUUAUCUGGAUUUGUUUGUUUGUUAGGUAAAUAUUUUCCUGUUCUUUGGUCUAAAGAAAUUAUUACCUUCGGUCUGUGUCUGUCUUUGCCUUGCAUCACUGCCUUUUUGGUUUUUACUUGCUUAUGAUUAAGUAAUUUCAACAUGCUCCCAUGUUGAAAGGUCACUUGGUGACUUUGGAGUAGCUGGUUCAUCACAGAAACUCCAUAUUCAUUCUCAGCAACUGCAGUUAGCUUCAUGUUUCAAGGUGGCCUUGAUGUCUCCAUAGCUCUGGAUCCCAACCACGGACAGUGCUUCAUGGUCUUUAUUGGUGGUGGGUUGAAGAUAAUUUUCAGAAGGGAGUACUAGUAAGUUUCAUCAGAUUUCAAUCGUGUGAUGUUUUCUGAUGCCUUUAAUGAGCAUGGUCCAGGGAGGACAGUUGCCAGCACCUAAACUGCUUAGAACCAAGGAUGGUCUUCCCAGGCAUCCAAACAUUUGUUCUUGUCUUGUUGAGGCACAGCAUUGGGAUCAUUGUCUUUGCAUGCUAGCUGUCGUGAUCUUACCCAAGCAGAAAGGGAUAAGGUUGCCUCUAUUGUUCUCAAAAAGCAAAAUACCUCGGAAAAAAAAUCCUAUUUUCAAAUGUGCUUUUCAUACUUCCAACAACAUAAUUAUUAGCUUGAUGUAAAAGGUAAGAAAUGUGACUCUUGUGUUAGGUGAGUACUGUCUUUGGUUAGUCUUCCAUUGCAAAUUCAGUAUUUACAGAUGCUUCUAUGAUUUUGGCUGUUUUGAUUUCAGAGAUGAUAGUUGGCUUCAUUUUCUAUUUUCUAAAGGGGAUUGGACUUCUUGCAUCUGGGUCUUGUCUUCUUAGAUGUUCAUCUGCUUAAUCCUCCCUCCAUCCCGCCCUAGUAAGUUGCAAGUCAGGUCACUUAUGUUUAAUGAAUUUGUAAGAACUAAUGAUGGCUUUACAAUAAAGUGUGUUUUUGUACAAAUUCAUUAAUCAUAAUCUUCAGUACCCUCCUCUCUUUCCCUUGUUCUGCUGGAUAGCAGUUAGCAUGGGUAUGUGCAGUAGGACUGUUCUUAUCUCAAGAGCUAUCAUGUUAAUGUAACUUGGUCCAUUUCACACUGUAAGGCUAUUUCUAAUUGAGUUUAUAGGGAAACAUGUUUUCGUGUAAAAAUAUUGUGCACGAAGGUAAUACAGUACAUACUACUAUAUCCCUAGCAGGCAUGUAGAUUCAACUGUAAGGUUUAAUGUUUGUAUACUAAAUUUUGGCACUUUCCAGUUUGCUGAUCUUCUAAAACAAUUUGAAAUGUACUAGUUUGUGAUGCUGGGAUUUUGGCUCGUAAACAUAAAACUGGAACAAUUUUAUGUUCUUUUAUAUUUAUUUACAUAUUUCUUUAUCAUUUGAGGCUUUUCUGGCUACAGCUUAGUACAUACUGGCUUGCUCCAUUUUAUCUUGUAGCAGUGGAAGUAUAACACUAGAGAAAAGAACUCUUAAUAUAGAAAAACUCUAAUGCCCCUCUUGUAGAGAGACAAUAUUUAUUGCUGAUAGUAAUAGUUAGCCAUUUGAAAAUUCUAUUAUGGUAAAGGAAGCUCUUUAUCUCAUAUGCAGACUCCUGCUAAGGGAAGUCACCUAAUUUGACUUGAGCAAGUGUCUGUGAAUUUCAUGGAAUAUUUUGUCAUUCUUGUAUUUGAUGAAAUUAUAAGUGUGCUUUUAUGAAUGUGUGUGUAUGAAAAAGCAUAGGUUUACCAUCAAACAUGAAUAAAUGUAUGCCACUAAUAAUAUAGUAUUGUUUUGAUUGAGGUUUUAUUUUGCUAUUCUUUGAGCAAUGCUUGAUGUCAUUUGUAGUCAGCCUAUUUUACUAUGUAGUUGAAUAGUGAUAAUAACUGAAAACAUGCAUGUAUUGCCACAUCCCACAGUAUGGUACUACUGACAAACCACCUCUGCCCCACCAAUCUCUUAUGGGAAUAAUAAACCAAAAGGUGGGAAGACCUUUAAUCUCCUUUCAAAGUUACCCAAUAAGAAAGCUAUCUUUUGCUUUACCACAAUGCUUGCCCUGUAAUUUUUUUUUAUAUGUGUGGACAUAACAUGUCACGUAUUGUUAUUGUUAUAAAUUGGCGGACACAGGCUCUGGCCUCAUGGCAGCCCAUAAAAGAA